GGUGCCCGCUGCCCAUUUGGGUCGCCACCUGCGCGGGAGGUGUCGUCGGGGCGGCCUCCGGGCUGAGAAAUGUGCCCCCGACGCGUCGGAGAGGUGAGAGAAGACGACGACGACGACGACGACGGCGUCCGUAAGAGCGGUAAGCCAUCAUGAUCCCCAUCACGGAGCUCCGGUACUUUGCCGACACGCAGCCGGCGUACCGCAUCCUGAAGCCGUGGUGGGACGUCUUCAACGACUACAUCUCUGUGGUCAUGCUGAUGAUCGCCGUUUUUGGCGGCACGUUGCAGAUCACGCACGACAAGAUGAUCUGCCUGCCGUGCAAGUGGGUCACCAACGACUCCUGCCACGCGGCGCCACCCCGCGGCGCCUCGUCCCCGCGCCAGGGGGAACCCCGGGGCAUUCAGAACGAGCUGGACCGCCACCAGUACAGCUACAUUGACGCCGUGUGUUACGAGAGCAAGCUGCACUGGUUCGCCAAGUACUUCCCCUACUUGGUGUUGCUCCACACGCUCAUCUUCCUGGCCUGCAGCAACUUCUGGUUCAAGUUCCCGCUCACCAGCUCCAAACUCGAGCACUUUGUCUCCAUCCUGCGAAAGUGUUUCGACUCCCCGUGGACCACCAGGGCGCUGUCGGAGACGGUGGUGGAGGAGCGAGACCCCAAGCCUCCAGGGAAGACGAACGGCUCGGCGGACAAGAAGACCCCGCAACGCCCGUUGCCAGCCAGUGAGGACGUGGAGGCCAGCAUGCCCAUGCUCCAGAAAACCAAGACCAAAAUAGAGCAAGGGAUUGUGGACCGAUCGGAAACGGGAGUUCUUGACAAAAAGGAAGGGGAGCAGGCCAAGGCUCUUUUUGAAAAGGUGAAGAAGUUCCGGAUUCACGUGGAAGAAGGAGACGUCAUCCACCGUCUAUACGUGCGGCAGACUCUCAUCAAGGUCAUCAUGUUUUUGGUGAUCAUCAGCUACGCCAGCUACCACGUGGGCUACAUCCGCUUCAGCGUGGUGUGCAUGGUGGAGACGGAGAAGCUGACCGGCUACGGCACCUUCUACUGCGCCCACCCGCUGGCGACGCUCUUCAAAAUCCUGGCGUCGUUCUACAUCAGUCUGGUGCUCGUGUACGGCCUGAUCGCCAUGUACGCGCUGUGCUGGAUGCUGCGCCGUACGCUCAAGCGCUACUCCUUCGACGCCAUCCGCGAGGAAGGCAGCUACAGCGACAUCCCCGACCUGAAGAACGACUUCGCCUUCAUGCUGCACAUGCUCGACCAGUACGACCCGCUCUACUCCAAGCGCUUCGCCGUCUUCUUGUCGGAAGUGAGCGAGAACAAGCUGCGGCAGCUCAACCUCAACAACGAGUGGACGCUGGAGAAACUGCGGCAGCACAUCACCAAGAACUCCCAGGAGAAGGUGGAGCUGCACCUGUGCAUGCUGAGCGGCAUCCCCGAGACCGUGUUCGACCUGGUGGAGCUGGAGGGCCUCAAGCUGGAGUUCAUCCCUGACAUCACCAUUCCGCCUAUCGUGGCCAAGCUCCCCAACCUGCGCGAGCUGCGACUUUACCACACGCCGGCCAAAAUCGAGUCUGCCGCCCUGACGUUUCUCAGGGAGAAGCUCAAGUCCCUGCACAUCAAGUUCACUGACAUCAAGGAGAUCCCUUUGUGGAUCUACAGCCUCAAGAACCUCAGUGAGCUGCACCUGACCGGGAACCUGAGCGCAGACAACAACCGCUACGUCGUCCUAGACGGGCUGCGCGAGCUGAAGAGGCUCAAGGUGUUCCGCCUGAAGAGCAACCUGUACAAGCUGCCGCAGGUGGUGACCGACCUGAGCGCACACCUCCAGAAGCUGUCCAUCAACAACGAGGGCACCAAGCUCAUGGUGCUCAACAGCCUGAACAAGAUGGUCAACCUGAGCGAACUGGAGCUGGUGCACUGCGACCUGGAACGCAUUCCGCACUCCAUCUUCAGCCUGCACAACCUGCAGGAGAUCAACCUGAAGGACAACAACCUGAAGACCAUCGAGGAGAUCAUCAGCUUCCAGCAUCUGCGUCGCCUGGUCUGCCUGAAGCUGUGGUACAACCAGAUCGCCUACAUCCCCAUUCAGAUCGGCACCCUCAACAACCUGGAGAGGCUCUAUCUCAACAAGAACAAGAUCGAGAAGCUGCCCAGCCAGCUCUUCUUCUGUCACAAGCUGCGGCUCUUGGACUUGAGUCACAACAACUUGACCAGCAUCCCGGCCGACGUGGGCUCGCUCCAGAACCUGCAGCACUUUGCCGUUACAGAAAACCGAAUCGAGACUCUGCCGGCGGAGUUGUUCCAGUGCAAGAAGCUGCGCGUGCUGCAGCUGGGCAACAACUGCCUGGAGACGCUGCCGGCGUGCGUCGGCGGCCUGGCCGGCCUGACCCAGUUGGAGCUGCGCGGCAACAACCUGGAGGGCCUGCCGCCCGAGCUGGCCGAGUGUCGGCUGCUGGAGCGCAGCGGCCUGGUGGUGGAGGAGAAGCUGUUCAACACGCUGCCGCUUGAGGUCAAGGAGCAGCUGCUGGGCGCGGACAAGGAAAAAGUGUGACAGAUUCUUUUUCUUUUUCUUUUUUUUUUUUUAAAUUGGUUUCUGAAGGUAAGUCGAGGUCGUCGCACCUUUUUUUUUUUUUUGUGGUGUGAGUCACAAAUCGACAUUUUGAGAAGCCUUAAAUGUUCCUCACGCAUGGUCCAAUGCACCGUCUGUGAUCUUAACACUUUUGGCCUUAAAAGUCAGUAAGAACUUGUCGCUUAGCGUGCGGAGCGCCACUGGGCUCCGUGAAAAGCCCUCUUUUUUUUUUUUUUCUAUUUUUAAUCAGCACGUUUGAGUCAUUUUUUGCAUGAACGAUUUCACUGCUUACGCGCCAGAGGGCCGGAACGGACCAGAUGACGGAGUCUAUGAUGCAAACUCUUGGAACGGAAUAAGACAAGGGCUGUCUUUGGAAUCCUUCACUCGUUCCCUACUCCCCUUUGUAGAUAGUGGACUAUAGAUUUUGGACCGCUCCUCAGAUGUGCCCCUCACUGAUUUAACUGGCGCGGACGUGUGUAUUUGCCAUCUGGCAUCCGGCCAUCGACUGUACAGUACUUACACCGGCGUUUUGUCUUUGUUUAUCGUCCCACCCGGCAAAAUCGCUACAAAGCAUUUGAAGUCCAUCACAGCUUUUGCUCGUGGUCUCGGCCCAGGGGGAUGUUUUACUUCCCGUGGGCACCACGUAGGGGGACGACCUUUGCUCGCUACACGUCCUGCCAACUCGCUAUUACGUAGGUGGGGGCACGACAUCGUCGACGGCGAGUGAUUCCCAGCGCAGCCGUGUUGACGUUUUUUACACGUCAUUGCAGCUUCCUCUCGUUUUCCGCAAGCUAACUUUGACUUCUCGGCGAUUGUGGAGUGAAAGGAACGUUUUUAUAAUGCAGCGAGAAUGUGUGUUAAUCAUUCAUCAGGUCCGCUGCAGCCUUGAUUGAAUUAUUCCAUGUUGGCUUAGCAUGCUGCUAACACAGCCUUAAAAUCUUUUUUUUUUUUUUUUUUUUAUUUUUAAUACAAGUUUGCAGCACUAAACGUUUACCCGCGCAAGGAAUGCACCGCUACUGUUGCCUGAUUUUUUUAUUUUUUUUUUAUUUUUAUUUGGUGUGUGUAUUUAUUCUACUGUUAAGCCAAGUCUUGAGUAAAUCCGUAUUUUCUCACAUUAAUUGAAUCAGACCACAUUUUGAAUAAAUUAAAAAAAAAUAAUUCUCCUGGCACAACCGUCGAACUAAAUUGUCACAAAUGUAAUAAUAAUCUCAAUUUACACACGGUGUAAAAACGUGGAUAUUGGUUAGUUAAAACAAAACAAUUCUGUCGUGUGGACACCAUCUUUAUGUGUGCUGGCUGCCAAGUCUACGUCGUUGGUAUCGAUAGAUGAGCAAACGCAUUAUUUCUCGUCAAUAAAUGGGGAAAAAAUUCUCUACAAAGUGAAAAUAAGUCUUUUAAAGUUGACUGCUGUAGAGGAGAGUGUUGUUAAAGGGGAAGUCGCGUUUCUUCGUCAGAUGAGGAUAAAAUGGCCUCGCAGUUCUGAGGUCCCGGGUUCCUCCCACAUCCCCAAAAACAUUUCACAUUAAUUGGAGAGUCCAAAUUGCCCCGAGGUGGGAUUUGUGAGUGCGGCUGUUGGUCUCAAUGUGCCCUGCGGUUGGCUGGCGACCACUUCAGGGUGUACCCCCACCUCCUGCCCAUUGACAGCCUGGAUAGGCUCCAGCACUCCCCGUGACCCUCGUGAGGAUAAGCGCUGAAGAAAAUGGAUGCACGGAUGAGGAUAAAUCCAAGAAAUCAACGCUGGCCGUAAUUGUGUCGCAACAUAAGCAAGCCUUUGUUUGUGCACAUAGGUCAUGUGACUCGAUGAAAAUGGCGGCGCCCAUUAAAUUCGUAAUUGCCGAUUUAAAAAAAUCGAUUCAAAACACGAUUAAAUGAUAUCGGAUUAACCUCAAAUUUUCAAAGUCAAGUACAUAUGACAUGACCUAUCUGACACGUUGUUAAAUCGAGGAUCGGACUUCCCCUUUAGUUACCAAUCCUGCCGCCGCUGUGGGCGUGUCCCCUGAACGCGCUGGCUGGAACGACUCCCUACUCGAGAUGUCCGCCGUUAAGCAAAAAUCUGAGCGUCUUUCUUCCGCCUGCACAACUUUACAUCCGCGUCUUGAGCCGCAAAAAUAUGGCCGCAUCAAGCUUCCGGUAGCCGGGAUAUCUCCCGACGAGUCGUUGCGCUACUUCUCCAUGCUGCGACGACGAGGCGCUCUAAAGCGGCUGCGCUAGUACUAAGCCUAUCACGUGCACAGAGGCUGCCUCUCCGCAGCCCGUGAGAGCGCGAGAAAAGGCACAUCUUUGAUUGACACCCGGAAGUUGCGCGUGGGCGGGGUUUGCAGAACCUUCAGCGACGCCCACAGCGUCUGCCAGCUGAAAGAAUGUAUCGAUGCCUGAUAUUUGUAUCCUUUUUAUUUUUGUAUUCAAUCAUUAUUUGUCUAGCUUGUUAACAAAAAUUUUCUCUGUUCCCCCCUCCCCCCCCCCUCUCAGGGGUCCUAAUGAGGGGUCUAAGCAGGGUCUUUAAGAAAAAUUUGGUCAUUUUUCAGCGCGAUGGUUUGAAGUCACUUUUCAAGUCUUAUUUUAAUAUACAAGUGUACAAUAAUUUCUUGGAUUAUUUGGCAGAAUUUAACAGGCAGAACCGCUGCGUCAGAAAACCGUGUCGAAAUGACAAAGGUAAUUGUGCCCUGAUGUGUUUGGAGGGUCCGCCGUACGACCGCCGCUGCGCUUGUCAUAAAAAACACACGCGAAGGCCAAAAGUUAAUAAUUCUUGAAAGGCGGCUCACCCGUGCGGAAGGUCUUAAAGGGGCCGCGCUUAUUUCAAAUAUUUGAACUGCUCGCGUACGAAAAGUUGCCUGCCCACUCAACAAAUGUGACAUUGAAUAAGCCUGAAAAUCUUUCGUCUUUGUGACAAAAGUAUAACAAGAAGAAGACCGAAAUAACCGAAUGGGUUCCCGCACGCGUGACGUGAUCAGGCGGGCGAGGGGAAGAGGCCAGAGGCACUUUCAAAACCAAACCAGGCGGUAUGAAAGUUUUUGCAUGCAGAGGCACCAUCUUAAAGGAAACCUUCAUAUGGGUAAGCAGAGCUGCGUCGACUACUUGCCAGGUCAGUAUUUAUUCAUGCUUUUGGGAUUUGUCAAUCCGCCACAUACACACAGCGUAGUCUGUCGCCACGAAUGGAUUUUUUUAGAAUGUAAUUUUUGGCACUUGUAUCUUGUGUUUUUCACACGCAGUCGGCACGGUAACCAAAGCCGGACUCUCCGUUGGCCCGGCCGUAUUUGGGCGGGGCACUUCUUGAACAGGUUGAUUUCAGCAAAACACGAAAAUAAUGCGGAAAGUGUGCUAUAAUUCUCGAUUCUUCGGGUAUUUUGCUGAAAGGGUUAUUUAAAAAAACACUUUGGGAAAAAAAAAAAACAAUACUGUUAUGUUUCCUUUUAGUCAGUGAAAGGAAGCCAUACCACUAAUGUGCAGUCAAUAUUUUUGGAAUGUAAAUUCAAAUGUUAAAAAAAAAAAAAUGCCUUCGUUGUACUUUUUUGUACAAUUGUGACACAAUAAACUGUUUUGACACUGAGAUGAUGUUCUGAACUCGUGUAUAUGUAUCCAUUAUAUAUUUCAGCACCAAAUUAUGUACCCAAACUGUUAAAUCAAAUUCCAAAGGAAAGAGAAACGCCAUAGACGGGCUAACGGAAAUUAACAUCGAUAUAGCGGUAACUCACGAUACUGACGGGUUUUUUUUUCCCCCUGCUUUGUGAAACAAAUUUUAAAAUGACAAAAUGUUGCUUAUUUGCAAAAUUU